AUGACCGGCUGGACUAUUACUUUCGAGGAGACAUUGAAAAACACCAAUCGAAUGUUUCUGAUGAUCGGGGUACCGCCCUGUCAGGAUUACUACCCACCAACGGUGCUGGCUGCCGUGCGUAGGAACGCACGGUUCAUCGUAUCGCUCACAGCUCUCCUGUACACCACCAUCGGAGAGCUACUGUACCUUGGAGAGAUGUUGCAAAGGGAGGUGAACUUCCUAGAAGUGACGUUCCAGGCUCCCUGCAUCGGAUACUGUACGAUCGGUGUGCUCAAGAUGGUGAUCCUCGCCGUGCGCCGAAACACGAUCGCCGAGCUCGUGGCGCUGUUCAACGCGAAAUGGAAACGUGCGAUCGUCAGCGACGUACACAGGGCGGUGAGUGAGGAGACGAUGCGGCCAGCGAUAACGGUCACCACCGUGACCGCGGUCGUGAAUAUUGUGAUGGGAAUCGCCUUCACGAUUCUACCCAUCGCGGAAAUGAUCUACCACCACCAUCACACCGGGGCCUGGGUUCGGAAGCUGCCUUUCAACAUCUGGUGGCCGUUCGAUCCGUACGGCGGCUCAAAGUAUUUCUGGUUCGUCUAUCCACUGUACUUCGUUAUCGGAUUUACAGGAAUCAUCAUCCACAUGGCGUUCGACUGUCUGUUUUGUAUUUUGGCCGCUCACCUCUGCAUGCACUUUCGCAUCCUGAAGCUCAACAUCGCCCAGAUGGUGGCGACUGGGGAGCGUGACGUCAAUCGGGCCCGGUUGUAUGACGCCAUCGUUACUCAUCAGGACCUUAUGGGAUGCAGCGUCUUCAUGCAGAACGUGUUCAGCGUAGCGCUGUUUAUCAACUUUUUCGGCAGCUCCAUCAUCAUUUGCAUCCAGGCGUUUAUGAUAACGACCGUCACGGGCUAUACGCUUAGUAAGUUCGUGCUAUUUAUGCUGUGCUUUCUGAUCGAACUGCUGAUGCUGUGUGCCUACGGGGAGGACAUUGUCCAGUCGAGCGGAGACAUAGCGGAUGCGACUUACAACUGCCUCUGGUACGAGGAGAACAAAUCGUUCCGCAUGUCCGUUUCGCAAAUAAUGCUGAAAAGCCAGGAGCCGAUGAUCCUGACUGCUUGGAAGAUCUGGCCCAUCCAAAUCAAGACGUUCAGCAGCAUACUGCAAGCUUCCUGGUCAUACUUUACCUUGCUGAAGACGGUUUACGGGGAAAAGUGA